UGGUAAGACGGGAGAUCAAAGGAGAAAAAAAAGUGUUUUAGCUUUGAUCCAAACCUUGAGGAUCUAUAUAUUUUAGAGAGAGAAAUCAAUCGUUGUCUUCCUGAGAGAGAAACCGCCGCAGACAAACAAAUCAACAAACAACCAUUGGGAUCUUCUUCAAAAACAAAAGCAGAAAAAACAGAGAAACAGAGAAAGUGAUUAUGGGUCUCCUAUACAGAGAGAGAUCAGAACCCCAUGGUGAUUACGACAACAAAACUUCUUAUUCGUCGGUGAACGACGACGCCUUGCUCUUCGCCACAAUCUGUAUCGUGGGACUCCCCGUGGACGUUCACGUCAAGGACGGUUCCGUUUAUUCUGGAAUCUUCCACACCGCUGGCUUCGAAAACGACUACGGCAUUGUUCUAAAGAAAGCAAGAAUGACUAAAAAGGGGAAGGCCAAUUCAAACGUAGCGAAUGGGGCAAUGAUAGAGACGCUUGUAAUUCUUUCAGGUGACCUUGUGCAACUUGUUGCAAAGGGAGUUCUGCCUCCAGCUGAUGGUGAUUCUGGGAAUCUUGCUGCUAAAGACGCAGAAUGUGUAGUGGAUAAUAAAGCUCCUUCUGAAGAAUGUGUAGAAUAUGAAGUGGAUAAACUUAUCAACUCCGAUUUCAACAUGAAGAGAACCGAACAUAUAAGGAGCUCAGUGCAAAAGAUGAAUGGAUUUGCUCAGGCUUUUAUGCCAGCAAAUGGCAGAAAGGAUGAUGAAGGCAGAAAACUAGAGCCGAAAAGUUUCGAGAAUUUGGAAGUUGGACAUUCAAGAAUAGAUGGGAUAAAUUUACCACAGAUCAAAGAAGGCUCUGAUGCUGCAGUUAAUGGGAGGCAGUGUGUACGUGAUGGGUCGCAAGGAGAAAAGAAAGAUAUUAAAGAAAAAUUGGAGUUUCCUCCGGAAGAAAGUACUAUUAAAGCUGAGGAUUUGAGUUCAAGCUUGGACACAUGCUUCACCCAAAUAAAACCUGUCAAAGAAGAACAAACCCUGAUUGCAGCCAAGCUAUCGUCUACUGGAGCAUCCUGUGAUCCUUCUUCUCUACCUGCAAAGAUGGCAAAGCAGUCAUUUGAACGGCCCAUGUCAGCAGAUGCUUCUUCCUGUGCAGUUUCAUCAAACGUCUCAACUUCAACUAGUCGGGUUGUGGAUGUUAUCUUAGAGUCCAGUCAUAGUCCGGUAGCAUCAACUGAGACAAUCCCUUCCCAUAUUUCACAGUCGAAUAAAAUCUCCAAGGAAUCCAGACUCAACCCAGGAGCUAAAAUAUUCUCACCGUCUUUUGCGAACCCAAUAUCAGCAACUUCUGCAGUACAAACAGUUGCUGGCAUUGGUUAUAUGCCAAACAACUCUCCUCCGAUACCUGUUCCUGCUGCUCAGCCAGAGGUUGCGUUACGCCCGUUUGGAUCUCAUUCAUCUGUACCUGUUAAAAUUCUCCCAUAUGGUAAUCUUCCAGCUGGAACUGUGGGUACAACUCCUCAGUUUCCACAACCUAUUAUUGGACAUGUGGGAAGCAGGCCACAGCCACUAAGAUAUACUGUUCAGUAUCCUAUUCAGGCUGGACCAGGCAUUGUGCAUUCAAAUUCGCAAUCUCUUACAGAUGGACGACUUGGGCAGCUUCUCUAUGUGCAUCCAGUUUCUCAAGAGUUAGUUUCGGGUGUGACGGCUCUCUCAUCGCCAUUUGUGCGUCCAUUGCCAACUCCACAUCAGGUUCAGUUUCCAAAGCAACAAGGUACUUCAGCAGGCCAAGCAAUGCAGCUGUGUGUGGCUCCACCUCUUGUGGCUACUGGACCGCAACCACAUUAUGCGGUGCCUUGCCACAUUCCGGUAUUGCAACCGCCCUUCCCUUCUAAUCGCUACAUUCAAGUUCCAGGAUUCAAUGGCCCCUUGAGCUCCAAGUUUUUGUGAACAUGCCUAUAUGAUUUUCCAUUGGUCAUUUCUGGUUUCCCCACUAUUUUUUUUUUUUUUUUUUAUUCCUUUCACCAUUUACCGGAAUUUUUUGCUUGAGUUGCUGAAUAAGAGUAAAAUCGAUGUAUCCGUGUACUAUAUUAUCUUCCGUACCAAAAAAAAAAGAAAAAGAAAGAGUAGGAAUUUUGUGCAAGGGUUUUGAUUUUGUAGGAUGUGGUCGAGAACUUUAUACGAAGGUAUUGAGUUGUGUCAGAUUUGGUUUGAGGGAUGAGGUCUCAAUUCUUUUUAAAGGAUUUUGAGGACUUUUGCGAGAUAAACAGAACUGAAUUGCUUGGUGUUUCAAGUUGAACAAUGUAUUAUGAGAGAAACAUGUACAUAUACCGGAUCAUAUGGAAAAAGGAGUGGUUCUUUUUAUGU